UGUUUGUGAGAAGAACGAAGAAGAAACAAGUGCGUUUUCUUUCAGGCUGGGGCUGCCUAACUGAAAGAACAGCAAUUUUUAACCCAGACAUCUAUCAGACAUUUUUCAGGAUGGCAGUUUUCAGCGUAUUUAUGACUUUAGCAACUCCAGCACUUACAUUUUUCUUCUUUCUGCUUAUCGUUGCAUUUCUUGCAUACUGCUUGUAUGUUAGACACAUUCAUAUGAAAUAUGACCACAUACCCGGCCCACCGAGGGACAGUUUUCUUCUGGGACACUCACCGUCGUUUUUGAGGAUAAUGAAAAAUGGCGGAGUUGUACACGACAAAUUUCUGGAGUGGGCCGAGAAGUAUGGGCCUGUCUACAGGAUAAAUGGUCUUCAUUACGUUGUAGUGUGCGUGUCCAGUCCAGAGGCAACAAAGGAAGUCCUGAUGUCCCCAAAGUACCCCAAAGAUAAAUUUGUUUACAAAAAACUCUUCAGCCUAUUUGGUCAAAGGUUCUUAGGCAAUGGCCUGGUAACAGCACGGGAUCAUGAGAAGUGGUACAAACAGCGCCGGAUCAUGGACCCUGCGUUCAGCAGCGUGUAUCUGAGAGGUCUAAUGGGAACCUUCAAUGAGAGGGCAGAGAAACUGAUGGAUAAACUUGCAGAGUUUGCUGACAGUAAAACAGAAGCUAAUAUGCUCCAUCUUGUCAACUGUGUCACCCUGGAUGUUAUUACUAAGGUUGCCUUUGGGGUGGACUUGGACCUCUUGAAGAAUAGUUCACCUUUCCCUAAAGCCAUUGAGACAUGUCUGAAAGGAAUGGUUUACUACCUUAGAGACAGAUUUUUUCAGUACAACCCAAAGAACAGACGAUACAUUAAUGAGGUGAGGGAAGCGUGCCGCCUGCUCCGUACAACUGGAGCUCAGUGGAUCGAUGAGAGGAAGACCGCCAUUCAAAACGGUGACGAGGUCCCCAAAGACAUCCUGACACAAAUCAUCAAAACUGCAAGCCAAGAGGACAGCAUGACUGAAGAAGAUGAGGAGUUUAUGCUGGAUAAUUUUGUGACAUUCUUCAUUGCCGGCCAAGAAACAACAGCCAAUCAGCUGGCUUUUUGCAUUAUGGAACUUGGAAGACAUCCUGAUAUACUGGAGAAAGUGAAGAAAGAAGUGGACGAUGUUAUUGGGAUGAAACAUGAAAUAAGCUACGAUGACCUGGGCAAGUUGGUCUACCUGUCACAGGUGUUAAAAGAGACUCUGAGAAUGUACCCCACAGCUCCGGGCACAUCUCGUCAUAUUGCUGAAGACAUGGUCAUUGAUGGUAUCCACAUACCUGGAGGAAUCAAUGCUCUAUUCAACUCCUAUGUGAGUGGGAGACUGGACAAAUUCUUCGAGGAUCCACUGAGAUUUGAUCCAGACAGAUUUCACCCAGAUGCUUCCAAGCCUUAUUACUGCUACUACCCUUUUUCCCUCGGUCCUCGUUCGUGCCUGGGAAAGAACUUUGCUCAGAUGGAGGCUAAAGUGGUGAUGGCCAAACUGCUCCAGAGGUUUGACUUCACUCUUGUCCCGGGACAGACCUUUGACAUCCUGGAUGCUGGCACACUCAGACCAAAGAGUGGAGUGUUGUGCACUUUGAGUCACAGGGACUACAAAAAUAAAUGAUCUCAAAGUACAUCACAUUGGAACAGGUCAUAGGUAUCUAUAUGGUGGGGCAGAGUUUUUACUCUUGUCUGAAAACUGAUUUUUUAAAGAAAACCUUGUAAUGAAAAUAGUCUCAUGUAUGAUCGUAAUACACGCAAUAUAUUCAUGUGAAAUGCUUAUAACUAUUUUUAUGUCUUCACUGGAAUAAUCUAUUAUUAUUAUGGAAACAUUUUUGAGGAAGCUGGGAUCAAUACCAUUUGCUACUGUAUGUAUGUACACACAUAUACACACACAUAUAAAUAUACACAGACACAUACUGUGCAAAGCUAAUUUCUUUUAUUUUGCUUAGAACAUAGGAACCAAGUACACUGAAUCUUAGGCACCUUUCUUGUCAUUUCUUUUCUGUUAGUAACAAUUUUCCUAAAUAUAAAAGACACUUUCAAAGUUGUCUGUUAUGUGUAGACACAUCACUGAUUCAUCACUUGAGUUAGGUGCCUAUUGUAUGCUUGAAUGAUUAAUACCACUUUAAAUAAUUAAAGGAAAAUCUGGCUCCUUGUAAGCAAAAUGUAGAGAAAACUGCAAAAUGUAUUGCAGUUACUUUUUUUAUAGCCAGUGAGUCACAGAACUGCCUGUAGCACUCAUUUAAGCAUAACUUUUGUGUAAAUGAAAUAAAACUGAAAUACAAUGUCUGUUUUGAGGAGUUGCCCCCUUUCUCUCCCUCAGACAAACUGUACACAGUAAUAACAAACUGUUAUUAGAGAGUGAAAUCUCAGAGGCACACAUCCUAUGUGCCAUUUUUCUUAACGGUUUAGUUUUCCACAAGAAGUUCCUACUAAUGUUUCAGAAUAAGAGUCCGGUUAAGAAACGCUCUAUUAUUGUCUAGUGAACGCUUUUAAUUUGAAACAAAUCCAGAAAGUUUGCAUAAACAGCGUAAUGUACGAAAUUUCACAGCGGGAGAGGCUCAGAAGUCGUGAUGAAAGACUGGUGGAUGAUGAGUUUAUUGGCUGUCAAACGAAAAGUGAAGCGGUCAGACAUCUUCAUCUGCUGAGAUAAAUAAACGCCGCGCACUAUAAGAUGAAAUGAAUGCAUUUUAUUUGCUUUUAUCUUGUUUCUUGUGUUGUUGAUGAAGAAUACUGAAUAUAAUGUUAAUAUGAACAAAGCAGAGUGUUCCAGGACUCUGAACUCUUAACCUUAAGUUAUUAAUAAACCUGCAGGUGUCGACAACUUUUAAGGUGGAAUGCAUUUUUUUCCAACAGUGUCUUUAUUUAUUUUGAACAUAGCACUGUACACAUCUACGAAGCGUAACAAAACAAGUAGCUAAACUUACAUAAACUACAAGCUACGUCCUGCCUUUAUACACAUAACACCAUAUAGGAAAGGACGAGAAAAAAACAGCAACAACAAAACAACAAAAACAACACACAAAAGCAAAACAAACAAACAAGAAAAAAAAAAAGGGGGGGGGGGCGGAAUAACUGUGUGCAUCUCCCACCAUAAAUUAUGCACACUCACAGGUAUACGUUGUAUGUAAAUUAGAAAGUAGUUGUUCAAUGUCAAGCAAUAAACAUAUUCCCAAAUGGACUGCAGAGGGCCACAUAUGAAUCCUCCUCAAGAAUUUCCACCAAAUGGGGCAAGUCUUUAUUAGCAAGGAAGUUUUUGAAGGGGCCCCAGAUGCUAUCAAAGCAUCGUUGCUUACCCCUGAAUGCGUAGGUGAUCUUUUCUAAGGGCAGAGUAGAUGUUAAAUCCAUUUACUUCUUGUGCCCUGGCGCAAGCCCUCUCCCACUCUUCAAUGGAGAUGUAAGUCCUCUCUCCAGGACUCAAGCUUCUUUACGGACGUUUCUGUAGAGGCGGCAAGGUGGAAUGCAUUUUAUUUCCAAAAGAUGAUGCUUAGAGGCAGAUUUACCAAAUGUGUGCGCCAGCGCAAAGCCCUCUAUUAGCCUGAAAUUCAGCUUCAAUAAGAUGCCUUUCUCUUCCCAAAAUAUUGCGCUCUGAAAGGGCAACUUCUGCAAACACAUAUGAAAUAAUGCGAGCCGAAAAAAUACCCGGGUCCACUCC